AUGGCAAAGGGUGGCCCCGAACCAGAGGUGCUGAAGAGUCAGAGCGAGGAGUACGUUGAGGAGGUUGCUCUAGCAAGACUGACCGAGGAAGACUUAUGGACACUCUCCAAGGAGUCUCUCAGCCUUUAUUCGUGGACCGGAGUUCGACUGGGCCUCAUAAUGUUCGUGCAGGGAUGUAAUCAAGCUGGAUAUGGAGUCGAUUGGGGUGUGAUCAGUGGCAUUGAUUCGCUUACUGCAUGGCACGACUACUUUGGGUUUGGCACCUCGGGAAGCACAUACGGUUUAAUGAAUGCUUUGAUGAGCAUCGGAACAGUCUGUGGCGCCCCAUUUAUGGCCUAUGCAGAUGUUAUCGGUCGUCGGGGAAUCAACUUCACUGGCAACGCCAUUGUGAUCCUCGCCGCUCUUCUGCAAGGCUGUGCAAUCAACCUCAAUAUGUUCAUGGCUGGUCGGUUCUUCAUGGGAUUCGGCACAGCGCUAAUGUCAAGCUCACAGUAUAUUGGUGAGAUUUCUCCGAUCCAUCUUCGUGGUCGCAUGGUCGGCUUCUUCGGUGCCUGCUUCCAGGUGGGUAGCUUGACCAUGCUCGGUGCGAUGAUCGGGCUGGAUGGCCUGCCGGGAAACAAGUGUUGGCGUAUCCCCCUGAUCCUUGAAGCCUUGUUCCCUGCCAUAGUCUGCUUGACCAUCUUCGUCUUGACUCCAGAGUCGCCUAGAUGGUACAUCAUGAAGGGCCAGCGCGAAAAGGCCAAGCAAGUGAUUGCCAAGUAUCAUACCACCAGUGGCGAUGUUAAUCAGCCAAUUGUUGAUAUUGUCGUCACCCAGAUUGAAGAGUCUUUGGAGAAUGAUCAGUCUGGCUUCUCCGCCUUCUGGGAUUAUCGAGUCUUCUUCACCAAGGCUGUUCGCUAUCGACUUUUUGUUUUAACACUAUAUUCCAUCUUCCAACAGUGGAAUGGGGGCGGCAUUAUCACAUACUAUAUGACUCCCGCACUCGAGACCAUCGGAAUCGAUGGUACGAAACAACAACUUGGAAUCAAUAUUGGAAGCACUGGAACAUAUUUCGUGUUUACUGCAGUGGGAGCUCUGCUGGUUGAUAAAUUCCGCCGACGAACCCUCAUCUUCGCCGGCUUGGCCAGCAUGAUCAUUUUCCAAACCGCUGUGACUAUCACAUCUUGGCAAUAUAGCAUCAACCCCACUCAUGCCGCUGCAGCCCUGACCCUUCUCUGGAUUUUCCUCUACCAAACAUUUUCUGCCUCUUUGAUCGCUACCAUGCACAAUUUGUACCCCGUGGAAGUACUCUCCCUACCCCUCCGUGCUAAGGGAAUGGGACUGUACAGCCUAAUUCAAGGUGCAGCAAGCGCUGUCCAGACCUAUGGAAUCAGCGUGGGAAUUAGCGAAAUUGGCUAUAAGAUUUGGACGGUAUAUAUCGUCUACAACUCUGUCCAGCUGGUCUUAUCAUAUUUCUUCUUCCCGGAGACCAGUGGCCUGAGUCUAGAGGAGAUUGACACGGUGUUUGAAACCCCCGGAGUCCACCCUGUUAAGAUGUCACUUGAUAUGCAAAAGGCAAAGAAGGAAAGGGCUGCCGCCAGACGGGACGAGGAAGGUCGAUCUGGAUUUUGA